GCUCUUAUAGUAGUACAAAGAUUCCAACUUUGUUGCUUAUAAAUUGUUUCUUGUGUUCAAAUAUAGCGUAAUUAGGAGAUCUGUUUUAUAAGUUCACUAACAUAUGGCUUCCUCCCUUACAAAGUGUCCACCUUUUCAAUUUUCAUCAAAAUAUUAUAGUGUUUCUGGAGGUGAUUGUGUGAGGCAGUACAGUUUUUUUGAAGGAAAACCUGUUCUUAACCAGGGGGUUGGCUACUCUGUCAUUCUUGGUUUUGGAGCUUUUUUUGCGAUCUUCACUUCUUUCCUGGUUUGGCUGGAAAAAAGAUACGUUGGUUCGCGCCAUACAUCAGAAUGGUUCAACACAGCUGGUAGAAAUAUCAAAACAGGACUUAUUGCAAGUGUAAUUGUGUCUCAGUGGACUUGGGCAGCAACAAUCUUGCAAAGUUCUAAUGUAGCCUGGCAGUAUGGAAUUAGUGGACCCUUUUGGUAUGCAAGUGGAGCUACUAUUCAGGUUCUCCUUUUUGGUGUGAUAGCAAUAGAGAUCAAACGAAAAGCCCCUAAUGCUCAUACUGUCUGUGAAAUCGUAAAAGCAAGAUGGGGUACUGCUGCUCAUCUGGUUUUUCUGGGGUUUUGCUUCUUGACAAACAUUAUAGUAACAGCCAUGUUGCUUCUUGGUGGUUCUGCUGUUGUCAAUGCACUCACUGGAGUUAACAUAUACGCUGCAAGUUUUCUUAUCCCUCUCGGUGUUGUAGUUUACACCUUAGCAGGAGGGCUAAAAGCUACUUUCUUGGCUAGCUAUAUACAUUCCGUCAUAGUACACGUGGUUUUAGUCAUCUUUGUGUACCUAGUAUAUGUUACAAGCAGUGAACUUGGCAGCCCAAGCAUCGUUUACAGACGUUUAUUAGAAGUAGCAAGCAAGUCAAGAAGCUGUCAAGAGCCAAUCUCUCAUCUAGGACAAUCUUGUGGCCCUGUUGCUGGGAAUUUUAAGGGGUCUAAUGUUACUAUGUUGAGUUCAGGUGGUCUCGUCUUUGGUAUCAUCAACAUUGUUGGCAAUUUUGGUACAGUUUUCGUUGACAAUGGAUAUUGGGUAAGUGCCAUUGCUGCAAGACCAUCAUCAACACAUAAGGGCUAUUUAUUGGGUGGUCUAGUUUGGUUUGCUGUGCCAUUCUCCUUGGCAACAUCACUAGGUCUAGGAGCACUUGCUCUUGAUCUACCAAUAACAGCAAGUGAGGCUAGCCACGGACUUGUUCCUCCAGCAACAGCUAUUGCUUUGAUGGGAAAAGGGGGAUCAGUUCUUCUCCUCACAAUGCUCUUUAUGGCUGUCACAUCAGCUGGUUCAUCUGAGCUAAUCGCAGUUUCUUCAUUAUGUACAUAUGACAUCUAUCGUACUUACAUCAACCCGGAUGCAAGUGGAAGACAAAUCCUAAAAGUUUCAAGAGGAGUUGUCUUAGGCUUUGGCUGUUUCAUGGGCAUUUUAGCAGUAAUUUUGAACAAGGCUGGUGUUUCUCUAGGCUGGAUGUAUUUAGCUAUGGGAGUUUUCAUAGGAUCAGCUGUUCUCCCAAUAGCCUUCAUGCUUUUAUGGAGAAAAGCAAAUGGUUUUGGUGCAAUCCUAGGGACUGUUAUUGGCUGUUUGUUAGGUAUUAUCACUUGGUUAUCGGUCACUAAGAUCGAGUAUGGUAGAAUAAACCUUGACACAACUGGUAGAAAUGCACCAAUGCUUGCAGGAAACCUUGCUUCCAUACUUGCUGGUGGAGCUAUUCAUGCUGUUUGCAGCAUUUUAAGACCACAGAAUUAUGAUUGGGAGACCACAAAACAGAUCACUGUGGUUGAAAAGGAAAAGAGUGAAUUGCCACCUGAGGAAUUCAGAGAGGAAAAACUCAACAGCGCUAGAGCAUGGAUAAUCAAAUGGGGCAUCGGUUUCACAUUCGUGAUAAUAAUUCUCUGGCCUAUUCUUACACUUCCUGUGGGGAAAUUUAGCAAGGGAUACUUCACAUUCUGGGCUGUAAUAUCUAUUGUAUGGGGUACAGUUGGAUCAGCCGUGAUUAUUGCUUUACCAUUGAUGGAAAGCUGGAGAACAAUCCAAAGUGUGCUUAAUGGCAUGUUUACAAAUGACAAAGUUAUGGGAAAAUUAGAAGACUUGAACUCCAAACUGACUGCAUUUAUUAUAGCAAUGCCUGAAGUAGAGAGGGUGUAUUUACUUGAGAAAGAAAGGAGCAAGAAAAAGGAAGCAUCAGAAUCUGAUCAAAUUGUUGCUUCACCAAGUCCCUGAAUUUCCAGAGAAAACAAGUGGAUCAGUGCGUCUUUGAAGUCUAAAAAGAUCACAGAGAGCUCUUCGUUCACGAGCAAAAUAUUAAGGCCUAUAUAUAUAAGAGGCGAAUCCAGAAUUUUAAGUCUGAUAUAUUUCAAUCUUUAAAGUUUUUAGCACUUUACUCAUUAAAUAAAUUCUGUAUCAAACUACUAAGUUUGGUUGAACCCAUAGCACUAAGGCUACUACAUCUGUCACAGAUACAUACUAUCUGUCACUUUCUGUAAAAUAAUGUGGAACUACAUUGAUUGUAUAGGACUUUAGAAGUAUGCUUCAUAGCCAGAAAAUAGUGUGCAAAAAGUUUUUAAAAGUACAUUCAUGUCUUGUUUGAAUUUGCUUUGGAUAGUCUGUUUAAACUUUGGCUAUCUAUGGGACAAAAGCCUUUUUAGGAGUC